AUGGCCUCCAGUGGUAGCCGCACUAGUGCCUUUGAGUCUAUCUUAGAGCAUCUGGACUGGCUUUUGAAGAGGGGGCCCAAGUUCGAUGGUGAAGUCCAGUUCAAAUGGAAUGAUCAAAUCCGGGAGAUGUGGAAGGAGGAGGAACCAGGAAAUGUGUUGGGAACACGAUCUGGCGGAGAAGGAUUCAAGAUCGGGAGGAAAUGUCUGCUGUUUUUUACAUAUAUUCAGUCUGGUGCAUCAAGUCUUAAUGACAUCACAACUGAGCUCAUCAGAUUUAAGGAAAAAAUCAGGUUAUUUUUUGAGACAGAAAUCCGACCAUCGUGCAUCAUCAGUUUGUUGCACCACUACUCACUGGGAGAUCCACGACUGGAUACAAAUUUGACUGACUCCGUUUUAAAUAAUCUGGAGUGGCUUACCCGUUUGAAUUACGGAUUUGACAAUGCUCUGCGUAUUGUAAUGAGAACCCUUCAAGCGAAGCUAUUGUUCUUGCAGAGUUUCGUUUGCUUUGCCACAGUGCAAGGCGUUGAGGGUAAGGGAUUGAUCGAUCUGUUGAUCCACGCUGAAGUUGUGGCAGUCAAAGCUGCACGCCUGAUUUCUAUAUGUUGGUUUGACCGAAACAGUGAACAAGUGCGCAAUGAAAUGGAAUUUCAAAUUUCCCAAUUGAUACGCAAGGAGAUUGAUCCCGUUGAUCCCCAAGUCCAAGAAACUUAUAUCCAUGUCCUGACUGCUUCAAAGUUAUCAAGAUCGUCACGCACUUUAGUGCUGGAGAAGAACAAGCAUCUAUUGACCAACUUUAUUGAUUGUCUCCUGUAUAAUGUUAUGGAGCUACUAGAACAUUUUCCCAGUUUCUCGGUACUGGUGAAGGAUCGAAUGCUAAUACUCCACGAGGGAGUAAGGUUCCUGAGUGUCCUCUUCGGGCAGCAGCAAGAGAAAUUCGACGGGUUACACGAUCAAAUGAAGGAUCUUAUUGGAUUUGUGGCCUGUGAUGCAGGAAUUGUGAUUUUAUCCCUUUCAGCAACUGAAAUGAAAGAAGGUUUGGCCAAGGAAACAGAUCUGGCGCUUUAUCAUUUGGUCAAAGUGCUCAAGUUUAUUACGACAGAAUUUGCACAAAUUUAUCCGUCACCAUCACAAAGCUUUCCUUGGACCAAUGAGUUGGGCUGCUUUGAUUUCCUCCUAGAAAGUCUUCAAGAUUUAUCAAAUUCUGAAGCUGAUUCAAUUGAUUUACCACAGGAUCAUAUCCACAAAGUGCAAGAGGAUCUCAUAUUCUUAAGAUCUUUCCUCAAGAAUAUUGUCGGGCAGCGCAACCAGAACCAAAAACUCCAAGCUCUUUGGGAUCGUGGUAUGGAGGUGGCCUAUAAGGCAAAGUUACUCGUCAACUCUAUUGUAUCUCGGAAUAAACCUGAAUGUUUGGAUACCCUAGCUGGAGAUAUAGAGCUGAUGAGGAUUGAGGCCCAUGGAAUCUUUGCCAGGCACAGCAAUGGCACUGAUGCUCUGAGAGUUACCAACAAUUCAGCCCAUACGUCAUCAAAACUCAGUAGCCCAGCAUUGAAUGAAGCUACGGUGGGGCUUCAUGAAGCGGUGAAGACAAUCACCUGUAGACUUACCGGAGGUUUAAAGCAGCUGGAUAUUAUUUCAAUUGUUGGGAUGGCAGGACUUGGUAAGACAACAUUAACAAACACAGUUUACCACCAUAUGCAAAAUUCAGUUUCUCGCCACUUUCAUAUUCAUGCUUGGUGUACUGUUUCUCAAGCAUACAGCAAGCACAAUUUGUUAGCCCAGAUUUUGUGCAGUAUUCAUCGUGAUAGUCCUGGCGAAUGUCUUAACAAAGAUGAAGAUGAAUUGGCUGAAGAGCUAAGAAAGGUUUUGUUGAGCAAUAGGUAUCUCAUAGUUUUGGAUGACUUAUGGGACAUUGAGGCAUGGAAUUUGUUGGAGAGAUCAUUUCCAAAUGAUGCAAAUGGAAGCAGGAUUCUCUUAACCAGUAGAAUUCACAGUUUGCCAUUGCAAUUAAAACAUGCUAGUGAACCUUACCAUCUUCGCCAACUUACUGACAAAGACAGUUGGGCAUUGCUGCAAAAUAAGCUAUUUGGCAAAGAAAGUUGUCCUCCAACACUGAAUGAAGUUGGAUUCCAAAUUGCAAAAAAUUGUAAGGGACUACCUCUUACAAUUGUCCUUGUUGCUGGAAUUCUUGCAACUACCGAGCAAGAUUGCUGGAAAGAAGCUGCACAAACUCUAUGUUCUAGCACCAUUGUUGAGACUGAACAAUGCAAGAGGACACUGGAGUUGAGUUACAGUAAUUUACCAGGUCAUCUGAGGCCAUGCCUUCUUUACUUCGGAGCAUUCCCGGAAGAUGCAGACGUCCCUGUCCGAAAAUUGAUCUGGCUUUGGAGCUCUGAAGGAUUUCUGCAAAAGACUGAAGGAAAAAUCUUAGAGGAUAUGGUCGCUGACCAAAGAAGAAAGUUUCUACAGAUUUCUCAUGGGGAAAAUGAUCUUUUUACUCUGACUGGACUGCACAACCUUCACCGACUAUGUAUUUACAAUUCCAAGCCAGAGAAGCUUAAGAAGUUAAAGGUAUUCUUUCCCACUUUACGUUCUUUGCACUUCUCUGCUAAGUGGGAUGGGGUGCUUUAUUUUCCAAUCGGGGUUCUGUUAUUUAAACUUCUUAGAGUGUUGGAUUUGGGACGGUUUGAUUUUACCUAUGAAUUUCCGAUGGAAGUGGUAUUGCUUGUUCACUUGAGAUACUUGGCGAUUCGGAGCGUUAAGUCCGUGCCAUCUGACAUAGCUAACCUCUCAAGUUUAGAAACUUUCUUCUUGAUACAAAGCUGGGAUGAUGUUGUGCUACCGAACACUAUCUGGAACAUUCAGACAUUGAGGCAUCUAUUCAUUAAAAGUUCCCGGUGUGGUUUUCGUUUUCCUGCUGACAGUCUUGCGGGCUCCCCGGAUUUAAAACAUUUAGAGACUUUAAGCCUUGCAAUUGAUUCCUCUUCUCAAAGCUUGCAGAAGAUAUUGACAAAGUUACCAAGCAUCCGCAGGCUAAAAUGCUUGCCAUUAAGGGGUUCUAGUUCUUCCAGAAACUGGAUUCUCGUGCUGGAUGGUCUGAGUCAACUAGAGUCACUUAAAGUGAGAAAUCUUGCUCCGUUGGGAAUUAAAUUCCCACUUUAUUUGAAAAAGUUGACUCUCUCACGUACUCGUGUGCCAUGGACUGAAAUUUCAACGAUUGGAAAGCUGCCGAGUCUUGAAGUGCUUAAAUUACGGCAUGAAGCCUUUGUAGGGGAAAAAUGGGAAAUGAAAGCAGGGGAGUUCCUUAACCUCCGAUUCUUGGAAUUGACAAAAUUGGACCUCCGAAGUUGGACUGCCCCUUCUGACAAUUUUUCCCGUCUUGAGAAGUUAGUUGUCCAAGACUGCUAUGUACUGGAAGAGGUCCCUUUUUGUUUAGGGGAAUGUUCAAAUCUUGAAAUGAUAGAGCUCACAUGGUGCUGUAAGUCUGCUGUGACUUCUGUAAAGCAAAUUCAACAAGAACAGAUGGAUGCAGGAAAUGAUGAUCUAAAGGUCAUUCUUGAAGAUAAUUGGGACUUCCCGAUUGAAUUAACUCUUCUCAUCACUUGUGGCAAUUGUGAACCAAUUCAUGUCUCUUCUUGA